ACUCGACCUGGGCUUUGUGCACCACAGACAGGAAGGGGCAGUCAGGCUCAGGACCUCCACCUCUGCUUGCUUUUUGAUAGCCUGUGUAAUGAAGGGGUUUGGGACCUGAUCUUAUGGGAAACCUUGAAGAGUUUUAAAUUGGGGAGUAACAAAUUUUCAUUUUAGAAUACUUAGGCUGGGAUGGAUGGAUGGAUGGUUGGAAGAACAAUCAGAGUCCAAUUAAGAGGUUGCUGCCUGGAUGGCUCAGUCUGUUGAGCAUCGACUCAUCAAGAGAUCAACUCUGCUCAGGUCAUGAUCUCCCUUCAUGAGUUUGAGCCCCGCAUGGGGCUCUGCACUGGCAGCACGAAGCCAUUUGGGAUUUGUGCUUCCUCUCUGUCCUUCCUCCUCUAAUGCUCUCUCUGAAAAAAAAAGGUUGCUGCACGGUGGCAAUUCAGGCACGAAAUGGUGAUGGUUCAAGUCCUAGCAUAGUGCCUGGCACACUAUUUGUAAAGAAUGAGAAAAAAAAAAAGAUAGUCCUGGAAGCCAAGGGCCUCCGAAUCAUUUCAAGAAGGGAGUUAGAGAAUAUCCUAUGCAGAAGGAACAGCAGGACAUGUGUCAGUGAGAAAAUGCCCACGUCUCUCUAAAGGAGGGAGAUUAAAUGUCCCCCAGAUUUAGGCACACGGGGCGGUCUUACGGUGACAAGUCGGACUGGGUUUGGUGGGCGUGGCGAGCAGAAGCAGGGUAAGGCCGGCAGGAAGAGCAGUGAAGGAGCGCCGCGAGGAGGCCGACCCGUGACUCGGCGGAGCUCCGCCCGCCGGGGUGGGCGCUCUGACACGGUUACUGACCCUGAAGGCAGGCCAGCAGGUACUUUCCCGGGACGCAGAGUUGGCCAAGUCCCGGGCUCGGCCCGCGGGCUCAGGAUGGGCUGGGGGGAGAUGCGCGUGAAUCGGCGCGAAGGCGGAAGGACUGAGUUCAAGCGGAUGCAUCCCGUCAGCCGCCGCAGAGGCCGGGCCCCCAGGGCCGAAGGCCAGUUGCACCUUCACAGCCAGCGGGGGCGGCAGGCCUUUAGCGCCGGCUGUAAAAUGGCCACGGCCGGCGCCCAAGUGGGUGUGGUUCCCGGGAAGGCCCCGCCCCCAGAACGCUUCUCCAAUGGGGGCUGCCCUCGUGUCCAUGGCGACGGAGGCGGCGGCGGCGGCUGCAGGCUAGCUCAAAGAGGCGCCGCCGCCAGCGGAUCUCCCAGCUAGGAGCGAAUCCCGCGGUGAGGGGGAACGGGCUCCCCCUCGCGAUCGGCGGGGACUGCCAGUCCUGUGGAGCAAGGAGGCGGUCCUGGAGGCCCAGCGACGCCCACGAAGAAGGAGCAGGAGUCGCGCGAAGGGCUGACAUGAGCGACCAGAUGAGUCCUGCUUCGGGCAGCUAGGGGUGGACUCUGCAGCCCCUCCACUGUCCUCGGAACCUCAGGUGAAUCUGAGAGGAUGGAGCCAAAUACCUGUAAGACCAGUGAAUCAGAUAAGGAAGAGGACUCCGAGAAGGGGUGUGUUAAAGAGGAAGCUACCAUCCCUUCUAACCCUUCUCAGCAGAAACUCCCAAAGGCUGACAAUAAGGAAUUUGGGGAUGGAGUUCCCUUAUCUAUUGUAGCCAAGAAAAUUCCAAGGAAAAUCCUAGCUCCAACGGACUCAGGUGACUUAGAAGUUGAGAGGAGAAAGAGAAGGCGGAAACGCAGACCCCUGGCCAUCAACCUGACCAACUGCAAGUACGAGAGCGUGCGACGGGCAGCUCAAAUGUGUGGCCUAAAGGAGGCGGGGGAGGAUGAAGAGUGGACUCUGUACUGGACAGACUGCUCUGUCUCACUUGAACGAGUCAUGGACAUGAAGAGGUUUCAGAAAAUCAACCACUUCCCCGGCAUGACAGAAAUCUGCCGCAAAGAUCUGCUGGCUCGGAAUCUCAACCGCAUGCAGAAACUCUACCCCACGGACUACAACAUCUUCCCCCGCACCUGGUGCCUCCCUGCAGACUACGGGGACUUCCAGUCCUACGGCCGUCAGCGAAAAGCCCGCACUUACAUCUGCAAGCCGGACAGCGGCUGUCAGGGCCGCGGCAUCUUCAUCACCCGAAAUCCCCGGGAGAUCAAGCCGGGAGAGCAUAUGAUCUGCCAGCAAUACAUCUCCAAGCCCUUCCUCAUCGACGGCUUCAAGUUUGAUAUGCGAAUCUAUGUCCUCAUCACAUCCUGCGACCCUCUCCGGAUUUUCAUGUACGAGGAGGGCCUGGCCCGCUUUGCCACGAUGCCCUACACGGAGCCCAACAACAGCAAUAUGGAUGAUGUCUGCAUGCAUCUGACCAACUAUGCCAUCAACAAACACAACGAGAACUUUGUCCGAGACAAUGCUGCGGGCAGUAAGAGGAAGCUGUCGACGCUCAACGCCUGGCUGCGGGAACAUGGCUACAACCUCCAGGAGCUGUGGGGGGACAUCGAGGACGUCAUUGUCAAAACCAUCAUCUCGGCCCAUUCUGUUCUUCGCCACAACUACCGCACCUGUUUCCCCCAGUAUCUGAGCGGAGGUACAUGUGCCUGUUUUGAGAUCCUUGGUUUUGACAUCUUGCUGGACCACAAGCUGAAACCCUGGCUGCUGGAGGUAAACCACUCCCCGAGCUUCACCACUGACGCCCGCCUUGACCGAGAAGUGAAGGAUGCGCUUCUCUGUGAUGCCAUGACGCUCGUCAACCUCCGGAGCUGUGACAAGAGGAAGGUGAUAGAGGAGGACAAGCGGCGAGUCAAGGAGCGGCUUUUCCAGAGCCACCAGCAGCCACGGGAAGCCAAGGGGUCCAGGCGACGACAAACUGAGUUGUCGCAGGCAGCGACCCUGGACCAGGAGCGCUAUGAGGACGCCCACCUUGGGGGGUACCGGCGGAUCUACCCAGGGCCCAACACGGACAAGUAUGCGCCUUUCUUCAGGCACAACGGCUCCCUCUUCCAGGAGACAGCUGCUUCCAAGGCCAGAGAGGAGUGUGCCAGGCAGCAACUGGAAGAGAUCCGCCUUAAGCAGGAACAGCAGGAGGCCUCGGGCAGUCAGAGGCGGAAGGAGAGCCGCUGGGACCAGAACCAGGGGGAAUCAGCAGGGGAGAAGAGGCGAUCCAGGGCCGGGCUCCGGGGACUGCCCACCCACUUGGCUUCCAGGAACCGGAACCGGAACCGAGAGAAAGAGCAGCUACCCGUGCACGUGGACACCAUGCAUCCUCAAGAAAUCGUGGAAGAGGAGGAGCUGGAGCGGACGAAGGCCUUGCUGCAAAGGGAGAAUCUCAUACGCAGCCUCGGUAUCGUAGAGCAACUCACUCGCAUGCUGCACCCCAGCCACCGGGGCCAGAGAAAUCUCAGCAAGUGCCCGCCUAGAUUUCACCAGGACGGGCUGGGCAGUCAAGAACCGCAAUCUGUGAGACUGGUCCCCCUGGUCCUCCUGAGAGGGGCUGCCAAAGAGCAGGGCACUCCUCAUUUCAUGCAUCCUGUUCGGCCCCACGAGUCGAUCCCCAGGACCGCAGGGCCACUGCCAAGCAUGAAUGCUGCAAUUCCACAUCACUCCUGGUGCUACCUACAGCCCAAGAACUUCAACGGGAUAGGACAUCCAGCAGCCAUCCUCCCCCGUUCAUUGUCAAUGAAGGCAUCUGGAAGGCGCUUCUUUUCCAGUGCCAGAGUCAGGCUCACUAGCCAAGGCCAAGCCAGCAGAAGGCUAGAAGCCAUAAACAGAGCCCUGCCAUCCUCCUUAAUCCCAAAGCAGGGCUAUCUUCUGCAACCAGAAAGAGCGGCAAGUAGCUCACGGACUGAUUGCACCUUGCCCGCAGCCGUACACGCUGAACACAGCGGACCCAAGGCCCGGGAUCUCACCCUCUGCCCUGCCUCUGCACCGCUGAUGCCGCAUUCCUCUGCACUCCUGAACGUCAGCCACCACAGGUAACUGCAGGACGGCAGCCCAGCACUCAACCUCUCCUAGAGAACUCCCUCAGGUUCCCAAAGGGGCAGAGGGCCUUCAAUCUUUGCUAAAUGAAAGACUGCCACCAAGCUUCAGUUUGAAAAGCCUUGGCCAGGAACCCUGUUUGCACAAGACAAAAUGCAAAGACAUCAAGAAUCCCUCAAUACCCUAAGAUUAUUUUCAGAUCCGUAAAGACUAAAAAAAAAAAAAAAAAAAAAAAAAAAAAAAAA